CAUCAAUCCCAACAGAACUCAACACUUUACUGGUGACUCUCUCACACUGAGCUGUGAGGACCAGAGUAACUCUACUGGAUGGACAGUGAGACAAUACACAUACAGUGAGGGAGUUUCACCUUGUUCAUGGUGGGGAUCAGUUACAAAAUCUACGUGUAAAAUCAGCUCCCUCUACACAUCCUACACUGGAGUUUACUGGUGUGAGUCUGAAUCUGGAGAAAACAGUAAUCCUGUCAACAUCACAGUGUAUGGUGAGUCUUCAUCUAGUGAGUUUACUGUUAAAGGGCAAUUGAAAUGUUUUAUUAUGGAAUAUUCUUGAUUCUGAGUUUUCAAAUAGGAGAACUGUUCAAUAAGAGACACUAACUAUAACUGGUUUAUUUCAGUAAGGUUUUGAAAUUUCUGAAUUUUCUCUAAUUGUAAUAUUACCUGAAGGUAAUGACAUGGAAAAAUAAAUUCAUGCUUUAUUCCCCCUGAAUGAAGCAGGCAAUGACUUCCAGAUUCAGACCUACAGUUGAUCCUUGGUGUUUAAAAUAAAUUGUUGAUCUUCACAUACAGUAGUUACUUGGUUUUAGAGAAAUGAAAAAACUACUAAACAAACAAAACAAUAUAAAAUUAACAGAUUUCCUUCCUUUACUUGUCCAGGUCUAGAUAGCUAGCAAAGAAAACUCUCCUAUCAAGCAUAACUAACUUUUAAAACAAUAUAACUAACAAAAAACAUGCAUAACAGAUUCCCUUCCUUUACCCAUUCACUUCUGGUUACCCAGGAAAGAAAUUUCUUACAUCAAUCAUAGCUAACUCUAAACAAACAAUUCACACAAACAAACAAGCAAGAAACAAAUCUUUCACAUUUUUUGUACUUUCACAAUUACUGUGAGAUUGUAAAUAAACUCCACGUCCCUGAUAAAGGCAUAGUAAUGUGCAGUGUUGUAUGUUAUCAGGCUCUGCUGCUAAUAACAUUACAAAGCCGUUAACAGAUCUGCUCCAUGGUGACAUCUCUUAAUGGAGUUAUAAGGUUUUCUUUAUUACUUUCUUACAUGUUUAGUAUUUUUUAUUAUUCCUUUCUUUUUGUAUUUUCUGUGAGGUAUGAAAUGAUUUUUAUGUAUGAAGUAAAUCUACAGAUAUAAGUACAGUAUAUUUGUGCAUUUCCUGUGAAUGGGCAUUGAUGUCUCAGUGGUAGGUUUCUGGAAGGGCAAUUCGGCGUAAAUCCUGUGCCAAGCUGUUUUGCGGAUCGUAUGAUCCACUGUGGCAACACCUUAACAAGAGCAGCCAAAAGCUUAACAAAAACAUGUGUAUUUCCUGUGUAACAUGGAUAGGGCCCGUAUUGAGUGUAUCUCCACAGAGCUGGCUGACUGAAGGAGACUCAGUGACUCUAAACUGUGAGGUUACAGACUCCUCUACAGACUGGACAUUCAGCUGGUACAGAGUGGUUAUCUACAGGGAAGGUUAUAGACAUAUCAGGUAUAAAGUGGAACUCCUCUCAGACAGCAGGAGAGGAUGUGGAGGCUCCUACACUAUCAGUCCUGCUGCUCGUAAUCACACAGGAGUUUAUACGUGCAGAGGACAGAGAGACGGACAGCAGGUUCAGACAUAUUACAGUCUUCCACAGCCACUAUGGAUCACUGGUGAAUCUCCUCCAGUCUCUCUGAUCAUCAAUCCCAACAGAACUCAACACUUUACUGGUGACUCUCUCUCACUGAGCUGUGAGGACCAGAUCACUGGAUGGACAGUAAGACAAUACACACAGAGUGUGGGAGUGCUGGAUUGUUCACACCUGAGGUGGGGAUCAUUUACAGGAUCUACAUGUGAAAUCAUCUCCCUCUCCACAUCCUACACUGGAGUUUACUGGUGUGAGUCAAAAUCUGGAGAAAACAGUAAUCCUGUCAACAUCACAGUGCAUGAAGGUGAUGUGAUCCUGGAGGCUCCUGUCCAUCCUGUGACUGAGGGACAUCUUCUGACUCUACGCUGUUUAUAUCGCAACACAACGUUCUCAAACCUCCGAGCUGAUUUCUAUAAAGAUGGAUCAGUUCUCCAAACACAGACUACAGGAGAGAUGAUCAUCCAUAAGGUCUCAAAGUCAGAUGAAGGUUUCUACCACUGUAAACUCUCAGAGAGAAGAGAGUCAGAGACAAGCUGGGUCUCAGUCACACGUGAGAAAUCAGGUCCAUCAUAUGUAAAACCUCCCAUCAUGUUGAUCGGUAGUGUAGUGAUGGCCUUCUCAUGUCUACUGGUGACCAUCAUUCUGCUGUUUAAAUGUUACAGAGCUCAAGCAUAUAACCCUCAGCACUCGGUGGAACUAACGUUCUACAACUCACAGAGCUGGCAACUGACAGCUCAAACUGAUGAAGAGAAAAUUGAGAAUCCAGUUGUGGAGGAGUGAGCAGAGUUACUGUGUAAGAAGAGGAAGUUGUGGUGUUUUCUUUAAGGAUAAUCGAUCGCUUGUAUAAUAAUUAUUAUUAUAAUACAUUGUUUGCUUUAAUGUCAGGCUUGAGUUUAUUUAGCUAAAGCCUGCAAAUACUGCUAACUGAAAGGAGCGAGAGAAACUAAACAAUAAUUUAACAAUAAUAAAACGAUAAUGUAACAUACAUAUGCAUUUGCUGUAGAAGUGGAUUUAAUUCCAGUAUUACAAUCGGCACCAUAACACCUCAAAGCAUUUCAUCUUAUA